CACCUUAAGACUCUCAGCCCAUUCACACUGACUCUCGACCAGUGAGUGACUGAGUGGGUGAGCUCUCAACAAACCAUGGCUGCCUCCACCGCUCUCAUUUCCUCAACCCCAUCUAGGGCUUUCUCCUCCAAAUCCACGCCUCUCGUCGCGUCUUCCUCCAUUUCCAAGCCCACCUCCCAAACCCUAACCUUCCCCAAAUCCUUCAAUGGCCUCCGCCUACCACGCGUCGCCCACUCGGUUUCUCUCUCCCGGGGCGCUCAUUCCAGAAGGUCCUUCCUUGUCAAAGCUUCUGUGGAUGAGCUUCCUCUGGUUGGAAACGUAGCUCCUGAUUUUGAGGCUGAGGCUGUUUUCGACCAGGAAUUCAUCAAGGUCAAGCUCUCUGAAUACAUUGGGAAGAAAUAUGUGAUUCUGUUUUUCUACCCACUGGACUUCACAUUUGUUUGCCCCACAGAAAUCACUGCUUUCAGCGAUCGUCACGCUGAGUUUGAGGAACUCAACACAGAAAUCUUGGGUGUUUCAGUUGACAGUGUGUUUUCGCACCUUGCAUGGGUCCAAACAGAUAGGAAGUCAGGAGGACUUGGCGAUUUGAACUAUCCGUUGAUAUCUGAUGUCACCAAAUCAAUUUCAAAAUCCUAUGAUGUGCUGAUCCCAGAUCAGGGAAUUGCAUUGAGAGGACUUUUCAUUAUUGACAAGGAAGGUGUCAUUCAACACUCCACCAUUAACAAUCUUGCCAUUGGCCGUAGUGUGGAUGAGACUAAGAGAACGCUCCAGGCCUUGCAGUACGUUCAGGACAAUCCUGAUGAAGUUUGCCCUGCUGGUUGGAAGCCUGGGGAGAAAUCCAUGAAGCCAGACCCCAAGCUCAGCAAAGAGUACUUCUCCGCGAUAUAGUGGUAGUACACUGCGUAUCUAUGUCGGAUUCAGAUAGGGAGUUGUAAACGAGUUUUGUAUUUGUGUAAUGUCUUUUUCAGUUCUUGGUAAUUUGAGCAGCAGCCUGUCACAAUAAACCCAAUGAAUGGGACUUACCCAGAUUUUCAGAGAAUUCAAGUACCCCAGCCGUUUUAUCGUGUUAAUGUUCAUAUGAUAUGGUCCAACUGGGUCAAAAGCCUAGGAGCUUGAUGCACCAUAAUAAUGCAGUUACAAAUUACAAUGGUGUGUAGGUUUUAAGCAGGAAAGUUUAUUUGGCACCGUGGUAGCAGGCUGAGGCUAUGAUUGUAUUUUUUUCCAAGUAAAUUAUAAGAUGGAGAGAAUAAUCGUCUUUGCUCCUA